AUGACAACCCAAGGCCCCCUAACAGCAUACCUGCUAUCAAGCACCCCCAAUGCGCUCACACGCGCAACAACACACCCAUUCCUCGCCGCCGCCGGCCGAGGAACCCUCCCCAAACCCCUCCUGAGCCAAUGGCUCUCCCAAGACCGACUCUACGCGCAGUCCUACAUCCGUUUCAUAGGCCUUCUCCUCUCCAAAAUCCGCCUCCCAACCCAAAACCCAUCAACAGUGCCCCUUCCAUCCAGUGAACACAACGCAAUCAACGUCCUCAUCGACGCCCUCGUCAACAUCCGCACUGAACUAGCCCUCUUCGAAAAAACUGCCGCAGACUACUCCCUAGACCUAACAGCCAUCUCAGCAGAAGAAGGUGGCUGCACUCUUACCUCCUGCGGCUCCGGUUCCUCAAUCACUACUUCAGCCGGCAUUUCCACCGCCGGCUCGGGAAGUACCCCGGGUCUCACAGGCGGGUUCAUCGGCAAAGCCCUCGUCGACAACGGCAAUGGCAACGGUAAUGGCAACGGUAAUGGCAACGGUAAUGGCAACGGUAAUGGCAACGGUAAUGGCAACGGUGCUAUGAGUGCAGUCGCAGCACAACACGCCCUCUGUCUUUCGCAGGGUGAAUGUCAAAUGCCAUCCAAUGGCGAAAUCUGUAUUCCCACUGAACCCCUGGGCAAACCGCGAACCGCGACGCCAGAACCCGCUUCCAUCUCUGCUUCUGGGGGACCUGGCUCUGGGUCUAAGGCUGCGUUGGAGAAAUGCGGGACUAUUUUCUUCUGCGCUUCUCGCACUACAAAGGCAUAUAUUGAUAUGUUUAUGUCCGCAGGGAGUAGUGGGGUUUCGGUUGUGGAGGGGUUGGCAGUCCUUUGGGCUACGGAGGUAUGUUAUCUUCGGUCUUGGAGGUAUGCUGCGCGAUGUAUGCGGGAGGAUGUAUCUUCUGGGGAUUAUAGUUGUGAUGCAGAUGGGGGUGCGUUGAGGGAGAAGUUUAUUGAGAAUUGGUCUAGUGUUGAGUUUGAAGGGUUUGUGAAUCAGAUUGGGGAUGUUUUGGAUGAGAUGGCGGGGCAGAUUAAGGGAGCUGAGGAGUCGGAGAUUAUGCGUGGGAGGUGUUUGGAGUGGUGGAGGCAGAUUGUUUGGUUGGAGGAGAGGUUUUGGCCGGAUGUUUAG